GUGAUUAAUGGCCAAUAUCGCCCAACCCACGCUCGAGGCAAGUCUCGCGAGGCGUGCCGACUGCCGAGGAAGAAACAAGACCAGACAAGACAUCUUAGCGGGCGAAGCUUUAGUCUUAGCCUGCCACCAGCGUGGGCCCGAUCCUCCCCGCGUGGUCAUAGCCUCGUGGAAUUGGACCAAUGCGCUCCGGGGAGAGAAGGAUGAGACGCCGUUCAGCGAUCGACGGACCACUCGUUACAUACAAUGUGAGCCACUAGAUGCACCAACAGCUCCGAUGCAACCCCCCUUCCCGAAGCCUCCCGUCGCUAUGGCCCAUGGGGGAGUGGAGGUGGAGGAAGGAUCAGAUUCCCUGGGGUUUAGUCAAUUUGCUCGGAAGUCGCGACAAGGAGAGCCUUACACUCUUACCUGGACUCGCUUCAGUUACCCCUUUGUUCUUUAUUCUGCCUCAAUCUUUGCACAGACACUACAGAACCAAUCGUUGCUACCCCAGGCCAAGGUUGUAAGAUCGUAAGAAUUGGCCCCCCACGGCCCACCUUCCAUUCGAGUGGGCUUGCCAAAAGAGAUUCAGUGGAGCAAUUUACCGGUCAAAUUGAUCUCGAUGUUCCCAGGUGAACUGGGGUAGUUCAUCCAGGUCCGAGAGCAUCGAAGAUUGGUAAUGCAUGGGGGAGACGAGUCGUAUGACCUAAUAACUAAACGAAGUCCCUGAAAGUGCAUAGGUACUAGU